GGGAUAUACAGACACAGACAAGCACUCAGGACACCCUCUCCUCUGACUGCAUUGCUGAGGGUCUGAAUUGUGUCUGCAGUGACUAUGCAGUGGGCUCUGCUGCUUCUCCUGGCCUCGCUGGCCCAGCCCUGCCUGUCGUACUCCCGCAACUCCCUCUACUGGCUCUCCCACCUGCGGAGCAGGCACGGCUAUGGCUACCGGAACGGUUAUCCAGCGUCACAAUGGAACACCGAAAAUCCUGAGUCCGACUGCCCUCUAGAAUGCGACUGCCCGGGUCUGUACCCGAGGGCCAUGUACUGCCACAGCCGCAACCUCCAGCACGUCCCCUUUGUCCCCUCGCGCAUGAAGUACGUCUACUUGCACAACAACCAGAUCGCCAGCAUCAAGGAGGGCGUGUUCGACAAUGCCACAGAUCUGGUCUGGAUCAUCAUGCACAAGAACCAGCUCACUUCAGACAAGAUUGCCAAGAAAGUAUUCAGCAAACUGAAGAACCUGCAGAAGCUCUACCUGAACAGCAACAGCUUAACGGUCAUCCCAGAGGACCUCCCCACCUCCCUUGUGGACCUCCGGCUGAACAACAACAAAAUCACGAAGCUCUCGGACGACACCUUCAAGGACAUGGUGGACCUAAGCCAUUUGAAUCUUCACGGCAACGCCAUUAAGGAAGUGGGUGGUGCUUUCAAGGGUCUGGACUCCCUAACCGUGCUGGACCUGAGCCGCAACAGCCUGGAGAAAGUGCCGGCCAGCCUUCCCCAGGACCUCCAGCAGCUUUACUUGAACUUCAACCAGAUCACCAGCGUCCCCGGGAACUUCCUCUCCAACUACCCCACUCUGCGGUAUGUGAGGCUCUCGCACAACCUGCUGACCGACAAUGGGAUUCCGUCCAGCGCCUUCAACACCACUAGUCUAUUGGAACUGGACCUCUCUCACAACCGCCUGGAGAGGAUUCCCACCAUCAGCACCAAGCUGGAGAACCUCUACCUGCAGGCCAACCACAUCAAAGAGUUCUCUCUGGGCAGCUUCUGCAGGGUAGUGGACAUGGCCAAUUUCUCCCAGAUUAGAGUGCUCAGGCUGGAUGGCAAUGAGAUUAGCACCAGGGAUGUGCCUCCAGAGGCAGUGCUCUGCCUUCGCCUGGCCGUCUCCAUCGACCUCUAGCCGUCUCCAUUGACCUCUAGCCGUCUCCAUCGACCUGUAGCUGCCCGUCAGCAACACCAUCAGCCACACGCUCACUACUCAGGCCCAUCCUGGGCUUGAACAUUGGACAUUUAGUGUGGUAUUGACUGAAAUUAAUUAUCUUCAGAUUAAUUGAUAUGUCAAUGAUAUGUCUUCAUUUUCAGAUUGUUGCUUUUUGCUAUGACCAGAAACGGCCUAUUUCCAUAGGCGUUUUAUAGACGUACAAUUUAAAGGAGUUUCUGUAAAGGACUUUCUGUGUUAUGGAAACCAUAUAGAAACAAUAGUGCCGUUCUUUGUUUUUAGGAAUUCUAAAUGAGGUCACUAACAAGGAAUUCAAUGCAGUUAUAUGGGCAGAUUACAGUAUGUAGUUGCUGGCUGUAACUAAACUGUAAAAAAAAUAACUAAAAAGAGCUAUGUACUAGCUAUCUAGUCAUCACAUUCUGUUUGAGUUGAUGAUGGGUUAGGGUAAACAGAUAUACACUCACACAUGGAAGCAUGCCUAUGCCUACUGACACACACACACACACACACAGUGACAUGUAGCCAUAAUCACUGCCGUGUAAUCUGUUAUUUAUGUCUGAAGAUGGAGAGAUAUGUAAUAUUGAAAUAUGGGGUUGUAAAAUGUGCAUGCAUGUUACCUCCUGUCACAGCAGAAGCCAUUCUGUUGCAACCAUCUGUUCAUGUGUUACCUACAUGUCAAAAUGGAGGGCUCUAUGCUUUUGACAUUUCUGCUUUAACUAUAAAGUAUUUUUUAAGUAUAACCCUCUAAACACAGGUGCUCUCCUCUCCUAUACAUCAUUUUAACUGUUUAGUCAGAGUUGCAUAUUUCAUAACCAUGUUAAGAAUUCUGUCUUUGAUUUCCUGAAUGUUUGAAAACAACAUGUAUCGCAUAUGGGAGCAAAAUGCCACUGGGCUUAUUUUCAUGAGAAGUAUGUUUCAUCGUUGUCUCUGUGGGUGCCUUUCUGUGACAUUAAUCCCAUGAAUGUUAAUUAAACCUUGAUAAACACUCACAUCACAUCGGUUUUGACCUUUCAGUGACCCCUGAGAAUUUCUCUCAGUGGCAUGGCACUGUUUACGAUCAGCGAUCUGUGUCCCAGAGCAGACACCUAAAGGACCAAGAGCUGAAAUGUCAGCGGCUCCCCCCAGUCAUCUUUGUUUGGGCCUUGUUUACUUCACUUAACUAGACUCUAGUUUUGUUUAAGAAUACGGAUACAUGUA